AGUUCCCAUCAGCUCCUCGUCAGUGUUUGUUUGUUUGUUUGUUUGUUUGUUUGUUUGUUUGGCCGAACUUUAGUGGACCAUCAGCGGACUCCUCUGUGACAUCUGACCUGAACGCCUGUGUGCUGCUGUCUGCACAGGAAGGCUCAUGCAUUUGUUUUUAAGGAACCACUGCCUCCCUGAUGGAUCUCCAAAUUUGUCUCAGAAAUGCACUGAAGAACAAAUAUCAGGAACUUAAUGAGGCACACUUGUCAAACUCGUUACUUCCUUCAAGACUUUGCUUUCGGCCGCUCAACGCCUCAGUUUUGCAACAACAUGAAUUUAGAUUUGUUGACAAGUCCAACCUUGACACGUUGCUUUCUUUUCCACCUGCCCAAGUCGCACGUAUUUUAUUGUGUGACUGCAAACAUGACAGCAGCAAAAGAACAGUCAUCACUUUGGGAGUAUGUGGAGUUGGAAAAAGCACAACGGUGCAGAGAUGUGCUCUUGAGUGGGCCGAGGAGAACUGGUACCAUGGCAUCCGACUCCUGUUUCCUCUCACAUUCUGGGAGUUAAAUGUGCUAAAACACAAACUUAGCCUAAUUGAACUACUCCAGACAUUUUAUCCAGAUUUAAAAGAGCUUGAUGUUUCCACAUUAAAUAACAACAACGUGUGGUUUAUCCUUGACGGACUGGAUGAAUAUCAUCUCCCGCUAAACUUCAGCUGUCGAAGAGUGAAUGACAUUUUGGAGAUUUCCAAAGUGGAUAUUCUAGUGACCAAUCUGAUCAGAGGAAAUUUGCUUCCUAAGGCUCAUAUAUGGAUAACAACCCGUCAUGCAGCGGCAACGCAAAUCCCUGAGUCCUUUUUGCUUAAAGUGACCGAGGUUCUAGGGUUUAGUGAUGAACAGAAGGAGCAGCACUUCAGGGAGGUUAUCGGCAAUGUAGAUCUCGCCAACAAGGCCAUCGACCAUGUGAAAGUAUCAAGGAGUCUGGACUUCCUUUGUCAGAUACCUCCAAUUUGCAGCAUCAUGGCAAAUGUUUUGAAGAAACAUGUAGAAACUGUUGAUAAGUUUAAAUUCAGUCCUUUGAAUCUAACCCAGAUAUACACAAAUCUGGUCCAAACAUCAAACCCGGUCAUUGUUUCCAAGCUGGGAAUGCUGGCAUUGCAUCGGAUGGACCAGAAUAAUGUAAUAUAUGAGCAUGAUCUUAAAGAGGGCAAUGUAAGUCCUGAGGAAGCAUCGGCCUUCUCCAAAGAGUGUCCACUUGUGUUAAGAGAAGAGAAGGGGCUGCGUAACACCACAGUGUUUCGCUUUGGUCAGUCGAGCAUUCAGGAGUUCUUGGCUGCAUCCGCUGAAAUAGAUAACAUGGAAGCGAAUCCGCUCCGGUCUGGUCGUUGUCAGUAUCUGGUGGAGCAGGCGCUACAGAACCCUGAAGGAAAGAUGGAUGUCUUCCUUCGCUUCAUCUUUGGCCUCAUUAAGGAACGCCGUGUGUUGGAGUCCAGUAAUCAGCUCUUUGCCUACACCAAGAGGAUGCUUCUGGAGAACAUUAUGUCAGACAGCGCCGUUGGUCUGUUCCACUGUCUGAGGGAGUACGACAGCCAGGUGUUACUGAGUGAAGUCAAGAAGUUUCAGAAGUUGAACAUCAGUCCAGUCAGUGAAGUCACAAAUAUGCAGUGGAGUUUCAUAAGCCAAAGGACCAGAGCUUUUGAAGGGAUGAGAGAUAGUUUUGAGAUGGAAGUAUCCACGAGAUGUGAUGAAAGACUCCUCAGGCAGCUACCGGCUCUUCUGAAAUCCAGGAAAGCCAAGCUGCGAUUCUCUAACCUGACGGAUAAGUGCUGUCCGGCCUUAGCAGCCAUCCUAAGCACAGAAGGGGCGUACCUGAGAGAACUGGACCUGGGGUACAACAGCAUCAGCGACGAUGGAGUCAGUCAACUCACAGAGGGGCUGGGCCAUGAACACUGCAGACUGAAAACGCUCAGGUUGCAAGGCUGCGGAGUGACAGCUCAGGCCUGCAUGUACCUGGGCACAGUGCUGGGAUAUUUCUGGAGACUUUGUGAGUUGGACCUCAGCAGGAACGACAUAGGAAACGAUGGACUGCAACAUCUUGCAGAUGGUUUGAGCUCUUCUAAGUGCUGCUUAAAAACACUGAAACUAUCACAGUGCAGCAUUGAGCAAAAGGGCAGCUCGUAUCUGGCCUCGGCUCUAGAGAAGAACCCAGCGUACCUGAAGGUGUUGGACCUGAGCAUCAACAUGGUCGGAGACGAGGGGGCCAACGAGCUCUUCGGAAAACUAGAUAUAUCGAAGAUGAAAAAGCUGGAGAUGUACCACUGCGGCCUCACAGCGUCAAGCUGCGUAAGUAUCGGGGAAGCUCUGAAGAUUGAAACCAGCACUCUGCUUGAACUCAAUUUGAGCAACAACAGUUUGGAAGAUCAAGGCUUUGAACGCCUCUGCGAAGGAAUGUACGCCUGGUGUCGUCUGGAGAAACUGAACAUUUCAAGAUGUGGAAUCACCGGCGCAGGUUGCAUUUAUUUGGCCAGUGUCCUGUGUUCAGUCUCACAGCUCUACAGUGGGUGGACGAAGAAAACUGACUGGCAGGCGGUGGAGCUGAGAGAGCUCGACCUCAGCAUGAACUCCAUCGGUGACAAGGGAGUCCGAGAUAUUUCAGACGGACUGAAGAAUCCGUUCAGCCAUCUGAGAACUCUCAACCUAAGUGACUGCAGCUUGACAGAUGACUGCUGUGCAGAGCUCGCAUCGGGAUUUUCAUCAGAGGAGAGCAUCAUCGGCGAACUGGACCUGUCUGACAAUGACCUUCAAGACAAGGGGGUGAAGAAACUCUGCAUGGGACUGAGAAGCCCUCGGUGUAGUCUGGAGAAGUUAUCACUGAGGAACUGUGGCCUGACCUCAGUGUGCAUUAGGUUCCUGACCUCAGCCCUGAAGACAAACCCCCGUCUGACAGAGCUGCAUCUGAUGGGCAACAAUCUGGAAGACUCUGCAAUCAGAGGGCUGAUGGCACUUACAAAGAACCAGAAAUACCCCUUGCAAACAAUAGAUGUCUCAGCAGAUUGAGAGAAUGGGAAGAAAGCAGACACAAGGCCAUGAGCUGCCCAAGCUGGUUCACAUUCCCAACACGCAUUCCUGGAUAUUUAAUGUGUUUUAGAGCUUUAAUACCAAGUUUUUCUGUUCAGAUUGUUUUCAUAUGUGGGUGUACCCAAAAAAGAAAUGUUAUAUUUUUAUUAUUUCUAUUUUUUUAUUACUAUUUUGUAUGAUGUGUUCAUUAUAUGCAGUGCAGUAGUUCUAGACUGCACGUUUUGUUUGCAGACCUUGGAAAUAAGAAAUGAGAAAAUAAAGGGGAAAGUGAUAGAUGUAUUGAUAAGAUAUGCACGGGCAGUAUUCCUUUAUGAACUCGAUGCAUUAACUGAAAUAAGAUGUUAUGCCUGUGACCACAAAAUAAACUUUUGAACAUGGUGGUGAGCAUAGACAUAUAUACAUAGACGCUGCAUUGAGCGGGUUGGUCGUUGGUCGCGAUACGUCAACGGGUCCGCCAUAUUGGAUAGGGCAGAUCUGCC